ACCCCACUUGUAAUAAGGGAUGGAGUCCUGAAAACAGAAGCUCUGCUACCAGAUAGCAAGAGAUUGGAAGCAUGCGUGCAAAAGCAAGCAGAGGGGAAAGAAAGGCAGGCAGUGCAAGCCUCCUGUGCGGGACGCAGGUGAAGGAAAUGCUGCAAAGUGCCACAGGUGGCAAGGCUGGCUCUCUUUCUGGGGGAGGAUCCAGAGCCAGGAUCCGCUUCCCAGGAGCCCAGGGCAGACGGGACGGCUUUGGAAAGGUCCAUAAUGGAAUCAUUAAGGAACUGAAGCAAUCUGCUGAACAGGUUUUCAGAGUCUUGGUCCUACAGAGAUAAAGAUUUGCCGACACCAUGACUUUUCACUACAACAAAGCCUUUGAGAAUGCAAAGUAUCCUUCCUCAGAGUCCCUGGAGGCAGAUGACCCCGGCUAUCACUAUGCGGAAACACUGGAGAUGGACCGAAUGAGAUCUGCUGAAAGAAGCACUUCUUUCCAUUACAACCCUUAUGAUUCCUCUCCCUACCAUUCCUAUGGAGAGCACAAUGAGGAAGGGACACGGAGGCAGACUCCCUCCAUUCAUAUACCCAUGAACUCAAUGCGGAUUCUGGAUUCCGGUACCGAGUACGGGUUAAGAGAUUCUUCAUUUGGAACACCCACUUCAAAUCCAUAUAGAAAUGCACAUGUUAAUCCUUCAUUUGACUAUGAGGCGGAAUUUGCACAGACUUUACCUGUGGACAGUAAUGCUCCGAAUCACCAUUAUACACGGAAACCUUCUGCUCCAUCCAAUGGAGAUGAAAAAUUAAUUGGUGAGCUCAUAGCCAUGUCCACACGUGAAAGGAUUAAAGCAAUCCAGAAGAUUCCAAAACCAAUGAAAGAAAAGCGAAAUAUCAGGAAUCAUGUUCUGCUGGAGAAAACCAAAAAGUCCUUCAGCGGUCAUACUCAAAUUAACUGUUGCACCCAAUGUUUCUACAGUGCAGCCUUGUCUUUCCGGCAGUUUAAAAAUACUGUGAGCGACUGCUUUCAGCUUUUCAAACUUUGGCAGAAGAUUCUCAAAGACAUUGGUGGCAAAUUUGGGACCAGCAUUCGGUCCUAUUUUGUGUUUCUGACCUGGCUCUUGAUGGUGAACCUUUUCUCUUUCCUGGUGAAUUUCAGUUUUAUUACGAUUCCUCAGCUCGUCGCAGCCUCACCGAAUAACCUUUCCUUCAUUGGGCUGGAGUUCUUUACAGGAGCCGGCUAUUUUAAAGAUACUGUGCUUUAUUAUGGCUUUUAUACCAACACGACAAUUGUGAAAAAUGAGACCAUGCCUCCCUAUUACAUGCAACUAGCCUAUCUUCUCACCAUGGGGAUCUUUUUCAUUCUCUGCUUCCUAAGCUUGCUCUACAGCAUGGCAAAGUCCUUCCUCAAGAACUUUUCCAGCCCACAGAUGUAUUCUGCAAAUGCCGCCAAACUUCUCUGCGUCUGGGACUUUAAUAUCACCAAUGCAAAUGCUGUGAAGUUAAAGCAGAAAAACCUGAGUACUCAAAUAAAGGAGACCUUGUCAGAAGUAAAUGCUGGAACGUCGAAGCUUCCUUUAAGUCGGAGGCUUUCCCGCAUCGCAGUCCAUGCUGUGGCCUGGUUUGUUUCGUUGGGCGCUGCUGUUGGUUCAUGCGCUGGCAUUUAUCACAUCUCUCUUGUCAAUUUACAGUUCCUUCUAGACCAGAAGAAAACUGACCUGGAAAGUGAAGCCGCAACGCUGGUGCUGCCAGUCGCUGUGAGCCUAAUCAAUCACAUGGUGCCCUUCUUGUUAUCCCUCUUCGGCUUUGUGGAAAGCUUCGCUCAUCCCAGGCACCAGAUCUAUACCGCCAUGAUCAGGAACAUCAUUCUGAAAGUAUCUCUCAUUGGAAUCCUCUGCAACUACUGGCUUAACAAAGUGGCCAUGUCCAAAGCAGAGUGCUGGGAAACCUUGGUUGGCCAGGAUAUAUACAGGUUGCUUGUGGCUGAUUUCAUCUGUUGCCUCCUGGGUUCCUUCUUUGGCGAAUUUCUCCGACGAAUCAUCGGGACUAAAUGCUGCAAAAAACUGGGCGUGCCUGAAUUCGAUAUCGCUCGGAACGUUUUGGAUUUGAUCUAUUCUCAAACUUUAACAUGGAUUGGCAUUUUCUUCUCGCCGUUGCUCCCAGCGAUUCAAAUGAUCUCAUUUUUCAUCAUCUUUUGUGUGAAGAAGGUCAGCCUAACGAUGAACUGCCAGCCACCCCGCAAAGCUUGGAGAGCCUCCCAGAUGAACACCAUCUUUGUCUUCUUGUUGUUCUUCCCCUCCUUCGUGGGAGUCCUUGCUGUCAUCGCCAUUGCCGUUUGGAGGCGGAAGCCUUCUGAGGCGUGUGGUCCUUUCCGAGGCCUCCCUACGAUCUUUGAGGCCAUAUCUGGCUGGGUGUCAAAACUCUCUGGUUAUCCAGGCUCUGCUUGGGUGGUUUGGAUUUAUCACAAUUUAAUCGAAAGUGUGCACUUCUUCUUCAUCCUCUCAGUCAUAAUACUGAUUAUCGCAUACCUCUACUGGCAAAUUAUAGACGGACGGAAAAUAAUGGUUAAACUGCUGAAAGAGCAGAUUGUCAAUGAAGGCAAAGAUAAAAUGUUUCUGCUGAAGAAGUUGCGUGCUCUACAGGCAUCUAAACUCCCAAAUCCGGGAAAGCACUCAGAGAGACACUCAUUUGUGCGCCAGCUGCCUGGCCAUCCAAUGCACUUCCCGUUGCCCAAUUCCAUUGAAAGCUCUCCAAGAGUGAAAGAAAGAGACUCUUAUGCUGAGCCUUCCAGACUAUCUGAAAUGACCAGCUUCUCUCAUGGAGUUGAAGAGGAUGCCCAGCCACCCAGAAAUGCUGGGGUUUCUGAAGCUUUAGUUUUAGCUUUGAGAGCCAGACAAGAGGCGGAAUGGGAAAUAGAUGAUGAUGAAGAAAGCACAUGAAAGUCAACGAGGGCCUCAAAAAACACCAAGAAGCCCUUCUGACCCAGAACUUUGGUAUUUGCACUAAACAUAUCUAUUAAACUUUACCAAAAAAAUCCACUUUAAUGGGAUGCAGUUUUGCUUUAUUAUGCUUUUUUGGGGAAAAUACAGUGUAACAAGGUGAGGCAAACUCUCCUUCUAAAGUGCUUGAUCUGUAGGUAAGAUAAACCGCAUAUAUAUACUUUUAAGAUAACUGCCAAAUAAUUUUUUUGCUGUAUUGAUCACAAUUUUUUAAAAGCACCUCUCUUCUUACUACAGUGAAAAGUAUUUCCUACAUAAAUGCCAUUCACUCUUUCUGAACCUACAGAUGGGGAGGGAGAUAAUGACAUUUUUGCAAA